GAAUGAGCGAGCGAGUUCUCAUUUGUGAUUAUUUUUCGUUCGUGUAUAUCUCCUCUUCUGCUUACCGAUAUUCCGCUCCACAGCAAGCAAACACAGAAAAAUAUACAAUAAUCGGUAAACAAUAAGCAAAUUGCAUAUUAGACUCAUACCACAAAAUGACUUCUACCGUUCCUGACGACAGAAAUGAGGAACGACGUCGUAGAGUGUUGCUGGGUCCUCUCCCAGCUGGUUUUUUGCGAGCUGACGGCACCACGGACAAUGUAGAUGCAGACUACCAAGCUGCACUGGCCUUGCAGCAGCAGCUUAGUGGUUCUACUAUGCCACCUGCGGGACCACCUCUCACAGCCAGAUUGAGUAUUACGAUUGUUCAAGCCAAACUUGUUAAGAACUAUGGCCUCACCCGCAUGGAUCCGUAUGUCCGCCUCCGUGUAGGACACUGCAUCUACGAAACCCACACCGACCCCAGCGGUGGGAAGACGCCCAGAUGGAACAAAGUCAUCCAUUGUCUCCUUCCGCCUGGUGUCAACUCGGUGUACCUGGAAAUCUUUGACGAAUGCUCCUUCACAAUGGACGAGCUCAUAGCCUGGGCCCACAUCACUAUUCCACCAGCUGUGCUUAAUGGAGAGACUCACGAAGACUGGUAUCCUUUGAAUGGCAAACAAGGCGACGGUGUUGAAGGCAUGAUCAACCUCGUGCUAAGCUACUCGGUCGGUCCAGCUGCCGUAGCCACUUUCCCCCCAGUUCUUGUGGUACCAAGUACCGGCAUGGGAUACGCGGCGAUGCCAAUGUACCCACACGUGCCCCAUCAUCAGCCCGUGCCCCACCCAGCACAGCCCCCGCCCCAGGUCCAGAACCAACCUGUCACCGCUGAACAGCUGCAACAGAUCGAGGAAAUGUUCCCGAGCAUUGACAAGGAAGUGAUAAAAUCCGUACUGGAAGCUAACCGCGGAAACAAAGACGCAACCAUUAACUCCCUGCUGCAAAUGUCCGAGUAAACAGUAGUGGUUAGUUCGGAAUAACUGAAAAAAAUAUCUAUUGUAUGUAUAUCUUACUUAGCUUCGUCCGUGGCAUUUCAGUUCAAUAUAGAGCGUCUAGUGCCAACUUUUGAGUUGAAACCAUAGAGGUAUAAGAAUAGAGUGGGGAAGGCGGCUCUAAAAGUGUCCGUCUAGUAGAAACAGAACGAAGAUGAGAGAUCGCUAGCUAUCUCUCUCUCUUGUGACGCAUGGCAUCCAAUGGCAUCACAUCGGAAUAGUAAGAUACUUACGGUUG